AUGGACGUGCUCAAAGAUGAUGCUCGCGACAAGUGCGGUGGCGAGGAGUACCUCAAGCCAGGAUCGACAAACAUAACUGUCCAGCUUGGACUCUCCUUGAUUUUGGGCGUCUCGGCUUUUGUCGCCUUUUGUAUCCUCCGCCCACGAUGGUCUACGUUGUACGCCGCUCGAAAGCGCCGACUCGAUCCCAAUAUUGGUCUACCGACUCUCCCUGAUACCUUUCUGGGUUGGAUUCCAGGGCUAUACAGGGUUACGGAAGAGCAGGUCCUGGCCUCUGCAGGGCUCGAUGCCUUUGUGUUCCUCUCCUUUUUCAAAAUGGCGAUCCGACUAUUCGCCGUCAUGGCCUUCUUUGCCUACGCCGUCUUGUGGCCCGUCAACCAUCACUACAUGGACUGGAACACUAAGCCUCCCUCCGACAAUACAUCCUCGACCUACCACCCCAUCGACACGACCACUUACGAUGAUUCUACCGGGGGAUUCAAUCCAUACACUACGAGAUCAGGCGAUGCUAACGAUCCUUUGACGAUCGAGUUUGGCGGCCAGGGCAACAACGCCUAUCUCUGGACCUGGUUCGUCUUCACCUACUUCUUCACGGCUCUGAUCAUCUACGUCAUGAACAGAGAGACGUUCCGAAUCAUUCGCAUCCGCCAGGCAUACCUCGGUACCCAGUCCACCAUCACCGACCGCACGUUCCGCCUCUCCGGUCUCCCGUCCUACCUCAAGUCCGAGGAGAAGAUCAAGGACUUGAUCGAGAAGCUCGAGAUUGGUCGGGUGGAGUGUGUGAAUCUGUGCCGCGACUGGAAAGAGCUGGACGCCCUGAUGGAGAAGCGUGCUACCGUUCUACACAAGCUGGAGGAAGCGUGGAGCGUGUUCCUGGGGAGGCAGGCACAUGCGAGGCUUCCAAAGCCCGACGGGCGACGGCGAAACCGGACUGCCGAUGAGGAAGGGUCACGUGGUCAGCGGCAUCCGGGAGGGGGAGUAGAAGUGGGAAUAGGAGAGGGAGACGGAGACGGAGAAUAUAGGGCGGAUGGCGACGAGGACGACGUUGAACGAGCCGGAGAAAACACCCGUCUUCUGAGCCAUGGUGGCAACCGGGCCGGCCUCGUCGACAGGGACCGGCCGACGAUCACCAUACGCUACGGCUUUCUCGGGCUCCGUUCCCGCAAAACAGAUGCCAUCCACUAUUACGAGGAGAAACUCAGGAGGCUGGACGAGAAGAUCCACGCCGCCAGGCAAGCGAAGCCGCCGGCGACCGGCAUCGCGUUCAUCACCAUGGACUCGAUCGCUGCGUGCCAGAUGGCCAUCCAGGCGCAUAUUGAUCCCAGACCGGGCCAGCUCCUGACCAAACCGGCCCCUUCGCCGUCCGAUGUUGUGUGGCGGAACACGUACGCGCCGAGGGGCGUCCGGAGGCUUCGUUCCUGGUCCGUCACCGUCUUCGUCAGUCUCCUGUCGGUGGUCUGGCUCGGCCUCGUGGCCUCGCUCGCCGGUCUGCUCACCAUCUGCAACCUGCAGAAGUGGUUCCCCGACACAGUCAAAACGCUCGAGCAGCUCCCCGUGCUGAAGGCGUUGAUCGAGACGGGCCUGCCGACACUCCUCGUCUCGCUCCUCAACGUGGCCGUGCCGUACCUGUACGAGUACCUGUCGUACCAGCAGGGGAAGAUCUCCCGGGGCGACGUGGAGCUCUCGAUCAUCUCCAAGAACUUCUUCUUCUCCUUCUUCAACAUCUUCUUCGUCUUCGCCGUGUCCAGCACGGCCAUCAACGUGGUCCAGCUGAUGGACCGGCUGCAGGACGCCCUGCGCGACACGGCCGGCUUCGCGCGCCUCAUCGCCAACCAGGCCAACAAGAUGAGCGUCUUCUACAUCAGUUUCAUCAUGCUCCAGGGCGUCGGCCUCUUCCCGUUCCGGCUGCUGGAGGCCGGUAGUGUCUUCCUGUACCCGCUCUACCGCAUGGGGGCCAAGACGCCGCGCGAUUUUGCGCGCAUCAUGGUGCCGCCGACGUUCAGCUACGGGUUCUACCUGCCGACGGCGCUCCUCGUCUUCAUCCUCUGCCUCGUGUACAGCGUGCUGGAGCUGGGGUACCUGGUGCUCACGGUCGGGCUCGCGUACUUUGUGCUCGGCUACUUCACGUACAAGUACCAGCUCCUGUACGCGAUGGACCAGCCGCAGCACGCUACGGGCGGGGCGUGGCGCAUCAUCUGCAACCGCGUCGUGCUGGGCCUGUUCGUGUUCCAGGUCAUCAUGGCCAGCGAGAUGGCGCUGCACUCGGCGUUUGUGCAGUCGGCCCUCACCGUCCCGCUCCUCUUUUUGACGCUGUGGUACGGCCACUACUUUGGGCGGCGGUUCGUGCCGCUGACGCGGUUUAUCGCGCUGCGGAGUCUCCGGCCUGGCGCGGGCCAUGUGGAUGAGGAUGAGGUUGUUGAGGAGGGGGAGGAGGCGGACUUGAGGCCGUCGAUGGGGUUGCUGAGGCGGGGCAGCACGGUUGAUGAGGAUAAGGAGAAGGGGCUUCGGUUUUUGAAUCCUAGUCUGACUGUUUGCCCAGAACAGCCCUGGAUCUACCAAGAUGCCCCCCCUACCUCGGCAUCCGACGCUGCGACCCAGGACAACCUCGCUGAAGUUAGCGCCACGGCCUUGCCGGAACAGGGCCUGCCCACCGGGGGUACGAACAGUACUAUCAGUCUGGGAGAUACUCAUGUGUGGAGGGAAAAUGGGGAGAGUCAUGUCUGA